GCAAACUUUCGAGGAUAAUUUCUGUAAGCUUUGACUGUUCAGUCGUAUUAUUUAACACUCCGUGUUGAAGUCACCAAGGCGACGUUUCUAGAGGUGCGGCGUUUUCUUUUAAAGCGGCGUCGCACUUGGAAUUACGCUGAACUUCUGUCACAGUGCUUGCGUUACUGAGGUACAGGUAUGGAAUUAAGAUUUUGAAAUUUGUGCGUAUUCUGCGGUUCCGACCCCAUCGCCUUCGCAAGACUGCAAUGUUUUUCAGCGGUUUCACACCAUUCAUCUAACUGGCAAGGGAGCUGCGUCCGCGUACCGGCGGAAACACGGCAAGUCGGACCGGCAACGACCAACAGUGAAUGCAUGUCUGGGGCCACGGUGAGAGGAGUCUAUGGGAUCAGGAUGAAAUAAGAGUCGGCCUGCCCCAGGUUUACAUCACAGAGGAUGAAGAGAGCCAUAUGACGGAUUGCCGGAACAGCAGGAUUUCACUAUGGCGCAAACCAGUUUGCUGCAGGGGAAACGGUUUUACUGCAGGGAGUGGGUCUUCCACAAGCUCCAGCACUGUUUGCUGGAGAAGACGAACAGCCUCGCCGGCGUGAGCGGCACCCCCAACAAGCAGCCCAGCGCGGCCCAUCCCGCUGGCGGCCCGGCCGGGCCCGGCCCCUCGGGGAAGGGGACGGCCUGGGGGGUGCUGCUGGUGGGAGGUCCGGGGAGCGGGAAGACGGCCAUCUGCACGGAGCUUCUGUGGCCCAGCUCGCCCCAGGGGCUGCACCGCGGGCUGCACCGGCAGGGCCUGGCCUUCCACUUCUGCCGGGCCGACGACUCAGACACCCUCUGCGUCAGCGGCUUCAUCCGGGGGCUGGUGGCCCAGAUCUGCCGCAGCGGGCUGGUCCCAGGCUACGAGGAGAAGGUGCGGGACCCGGUGGUGCAGAGUGCCCUGCAGCCUGGGGAGUGUGAGAGGAACCCCGCGGAGGCAUUUAAGAGGUGCGUGCUCCUCCCUCUCAUGAACGCCAAGCCCCCCCAGCAGUCCCUCUUCAUCCUGGUGGACUCCAUCGACGAGGGCUGCCAGCUGGGUGACGGCGAGCAGAAGUCCUCGGGGCCCUCGCGGACCAUCGCCGAGCUCCUGGCCAGCCACCACGAGUUCCUGCCGCCCUGGCUGCUCCUCAUCUGCUCUGCCCGCCGGCAGAACAAAGCCGUCACCAAGCUCUUCACAGGAUUUCGCAAAAUCAGUCUGGACGACCUCCGCAAGGCCUACAUCGUCAAGGACGUGCAGCAGUACAUCCUACACCGGCUGGACCAGGAGGAGGCGCUCCGGCAGCACCUCACCAAGGAGACGGCCGAGAUGCUCAACCAGCUGCACAUCAAGAGCAGCGGCUGCUUCCUGUACCUGGAGCGCGUGCUGGAUGGCGUGGUGGAGAACUUUAUCAUGCUCCGCGAGAUCCGGGACAUCCCGGGGACCCUCAACGGCCUCUACCUGUGGCUCUGCCAGAGACUCUUCGUCAGGAAGCAGUUCACCAAAGUGCAGCCCAUCCUCAACGUUAUCCUCGCUGCCUGCCGGCCCCUAACGGUCAAGGAGCUGUACCACGCCGUCUGGACCAAAAACAUGAUGCUGACGAUGGAGGAGUUCCAGAGGAAAAUGGACAUCCUGUCCAAGCUGCUGGUGGACGGCUUGGGAGGCACCAGGAUCCUUUUUCACUACAGCUUUGCUGAGUGGCUGCUGGACGUCAAGCACUGCACUCAGAAGUACCUCUGCAACGCGGCAGAGGGGCACAGGAUGAUGGCGAUGAGCUACACCUGCAGGGCCAAGGACCUCAAACCGCUGGAGGUGCAGGAGUUUGCUUACCACCUGAUCAACUCCAACUUGCAGAUAGAGCCCUUCAACCUUGCACUCUGGAUGGUAUGGAAUGGCACGCCAGCCAAAGACUCCUUGACGACCUCCAUACCCAAAGAGCAGGAGGUGUUGCAGCUCUUGGUCAAAGCCGGCGCACACGUCAACAGCGAGGACAACCGGGCGUCUUGCAUCGUGCAGCAGGCAUUGGAGAGGGAGGACUCUAUACGGACGUUACUUGACAAUGGGGCGUCCGUGAACCAAAGCGAUUCCAGCGGCAGGACUUUGUUAGCUAAUGCCGCGUACAGCGGGAAUCUAGACGUGGUGAACCUGCUCAUCUCCCGACGAGCCAACCUGGAGCUGGAGGACAGCCAUGGGCAGACAGCACUUACUCUCGCCGCAAGGCAAGGGCACACCAAGGUGGUGAACUGCCUCAUCGGCUGCGGAGCAAACAUCAACCACACCGAUCACGACGGCUGGACGGCCCUGAGGUCAGCCGCCUGGGGUGGGCACUCUGAGGUGGUAUCUGCUCUCCUGUACGCCGGUGCCAAGGUGGACUGUGCGGACGCCGACAGCAGGACCGCCCUGAGGGCCGCGGCCUGGGGCGGCCACGAGGACAUUGUGCUCAAUCUGCUUCAACACGGGGCGGAAGUCAACAAGGCUGACAACGAGGGGAGGACGGCGCUCAUCGCUGCAGCGUACAUGGGGCACAGGGAGAUCGUGGAGCAUCUCCUGGACCACGGGGCGGAGGUGAACCACGAGGACGUGGACGGAAGGACCGCCCUCUCCGUCGCCGCCCUCUGUGUGCCCGCCAGCAAAGGCCACGCCUCGGUCGUCAGCCUCCUCAUAGACCGGGGCGCGGAGGUCGACCACUGCGACAAGGACUGCAUGACCCCUCUGCUGGUGGCGGCCUACGAGGGACACGUGGACGUGGUCGACUUGCUCCUGGAGGGCGGCGCCGACGUCGACCACACGGACAACAACGGCCGAACGCCUCUUCUCGCGGCGGCUUCGAUGGGCCACGCCUCUGUGGUCAACACCCUGCUCUUCUGGGGAGCAGCCGUGGACAGCAUCGACAGCGAAGGGAGAACGGUGCUGAGCAUAGCGUCCGCUCAGGGGAACGUGGAGGUUGUCAGGACUCUGCUGGACAGAGGACUAGACGAGAAUCACAGGGAUGAUGCGGGUUGGACCCCACUGCAUAUGGCCGCCUUUGAGGGCCACCGGCUGGUGUGCGAAGCUCUCAUUGAGCAGGGCGCCCGAUGCACAGAAGUCGACAACGACGGCCGCAUCCCGCUGAUCCUGGCGGCACAAGAGGGUCAUUACGACUGCGUGCAGAUACUGCUUGAAAACAAGUCUAGCAUUGAUCAGAGGGGCUACGACGGGAGAAAUUCACUCAGAGUAGCAGCCCUGGAGGGCCACAGAGACAUAGUUGAGCUGCUUCUCAGUCACGGCGCGGACAUCGACUACAAAGACGCAGAUGGCCGCCCCACGCUGUACAUCCUGGCACUUGAGAACCAGUUGGCUAUGGCAGAGUAUUUCUUGGAAAAUGGCGCCAACGUAGAGGUCUGCGACAUGGAGGGCAGGACAGCCCUCCACGUUUCCUGCUGGCAGGGGCACAUUGAAAUGGUGAGGCUGCUGAUAAAUUUUCACGCCGACGUCAACUCUUGCGACAACGAGAAGCGUUCCGCCUUGCAGUCCGCUGCCUGGCAGGGCCACAUGAAGGUCGUCCAGUAUCUUAUCGACAACGGGACGCGGGUGGACCACACAUGUAAUCAGGGGGCCACCGCACUGGGGAUCGCGGCCCAGGAAGGACACAUUGACGUGGUCCAACUGCUGCUGGAGCACGGGGCGGACCCCAACCACGCCGACCAGUUUGGGCGCACCGCCAUCCGGGUGGCCGCCAAGGGCGGCCACUCACAGAUUAUCAAACUGCUGGAAAAGUAUGGAGCCUCCAGCCUGAACGGCUGCAGCCCUUCCCCUGUUCACACUAUGGAGGAAAAAGCCCCUAUCUCUGUCACGGGAAAGAUGCAGUCUCUCACCAUAAAAUCCAACAGCUCUGGAAGCACAGGAGCUGGAGACCUACAGCCUUCAGGCCGCGGCAUCACUAAUGGCCCGGCCCACGCGUUUAGCUCCCCGUCGGAGUCCCCGGACUCCACAGUUGACCGACAGAAGUCCUCCCUUUCAAACAACUCCCUGAAGAGCUCAAAGAACUCCUCUCUGAGGACCACCUCAUCCACUGCCACCGCCCAGACCGUGCCAAUAGACAGCUUUCACGGGCUCACCUUCACCGAGCAGAUCCAGCAACACUCCCUGCCACGCAGUCGAAGCAGACAGUCCAUAGUUUCCCCCUCUUCCACCAACAAGUCAGUAGGACAGCAUCCCAGCUCGCCAUCCAGUGAAUUUGAAUGGAGCCAGGUCAAGCCCAGUUUGAAGUCAACCAAAGGAACCAAAGUUGGACACAGCUUGUCCAAUGGCUCCAGCAAGGGAGGUUUGGGGGAGAAGAAGAAGUCCAAGAAUGGCGGCUCGUCCCAGGGUCAGGUGUUGGAGUAUGAGAUGACCCAGUUCGACAAAAGGAUCGCGCUUGCCAAGCCGGCGUCAAACGUCGUGCUGAAAGACUCUCAGUGCAAGGUCAUGGCCCCGACCUCCGCCCAGCAGCAAUUCCUGGUCCAGCAGCAGGGGAGUGCCGAGAAGAAAAGGAAUGGCAUCAUGACCAAUCCCAACUAUCAUCUGCAGGGCAAUCAAGUGUUCCUUGGGAGAGUUUCUGUGCCCAGAACUGUGCAGGAUAGGGGGCACCAGGAUGUCCUGGAGGGCUACCCAAUUGGUGAGACAGAACUAAGCCUUAAGCAAGCCCUCAAACUGCAGAUCGAAGGAUCAGACCCUGCUUUUAACUAUAAAAAGGAGACCCCAUUAUAGCUGAUGUCGCUAAUGGAAUCCGCCAUACAGAUAUUGGAAAGAAUGUGCCAAAGCAAGCUCCUUCACCCACAUAGAAACGGAAUCCAUUUCCACUGUCCCGAGUGGACACUUUGAACACAUCAAAAGCCUAGUGGAGAAUGCGAUCAUUGCACAAGGAGUCCAUAGACUGAUACUGCGACGUGCCUACAUUUGUGACGGCCUUUUCUGUGUAACCCUGCACGCUACCAUUUAUUUAAUGUAUGGAUAUUUAAUAUGCAGAGUAUGCACUUUUUGGGAAAAAAGUAUUGUUCAA